GCGGGUCGUCGAGGCGCAUGGGCCGCUCCACCUCCCUUCUGCAAGACGUUGCGUGGAAGGAAAGCGAGACGAGAGGAAAGGAAAGACGGCCCUUUAAACAACGUUUAUGGUGGCUUUUAAGGGGGAAUCGUCAUGUGGCCGCUGCCGGUUUAGUUCGUGCGCAGCUGGGAUGUGGGGACUCUGACGCUCCCCCUGGAGAAAGUAAGCACAGCCUUGUGUUUACGUUGGUGCACUCCUGAGCCACGUUUUUAGCUUGCUUCUCUGGACAAAAACAAGAAGACGAGGAAGACAGGAAGAAAACUCCAUGCGUUUUUCUCUGAUCAUUUUAUUCCAUGACAAUUAGCGUCUUUGGGGAGUGGCCUUUUUUUUUUACGCCCUGCAAAAAAAAAGUUUGAAAUGUCACAGCUGUCCAGCAUGGAGACCCCCCCGGGCGAGAGGGACGGCAGCCAAAUGCAGGACAAGAGGUUCCCGCUGACCUACAUCGGCUGGGCGCUGCUGGACCGCCGUAGCACGCUGCCCAUGCUGCCGUGGCUGGUAGCCGAAAUCCGGCGGAAGAGCGAAAAAGGCGACUGCGGCCCCGCCAUGCAGCCACGGGAGGUGCAUCUGGUGCUCCACAGUCCCUUCCUCCGCUGCGUGCCAUGCUCCUCUUCCUCGACCUCCUCCAGCAACAACUAUUCGGUUUUCAUAUUCGAGCACAAGGCGCAGCACAUCACCCGUUUCAUGCACAACAGCAACGACCUCACCUAUUUUGCCUACCUGCUGCGGGCCCAUCCAGACAACCCCGAAGGGGAGAUGUCCUGUCACGUGUUCAAGGCCAGCGAUCCCAACCAGGUGCCUGAGGUGAUCAGCAGUAUUCGCCAAGUGUCCAAAUCGGCCCUAAAGGAAGACACUAAACCAAAACAGGAAGCCGAUGACGCCUUCUACAAUUCUCAGAAGUUUGAAGUGCUGUAUUGUGGCCAGGUGACGGUGGGGCACAAAAAAGCUCCGUCCACCCUCAUCGAUGACUGCAUCGAUAAGUUUCACCAACACGAGGUGAAGCGCAAACGCCUUCUCAACGGCCAACGAGGGUCCAUGGAGAAAGUCCCAGUAGAGUUCACUAUUGGGGUGGGAGGAGAUCCACUCUCCUUGGCUUUGAUUGAGAAGAAUGAUGAUGCUGAAGGUCUAAAAGGGGAUGACCUGACCGGGUCCGGCAGCCUGAGAGGAGCGUUCCCGGAGUGCAUCCGAGAAGAUUCCGACUUUGAGGAACCGCAGGAAUUCCGCACUCGCUGCAAUAGCCUGGUGGCAAAUUUCCAAAUGAAAUCCGGAGAAGGGGUCAGGAUGGACUCCGCACGACGCAGACACGCUAGCGCUCCCAACAAUGUUCAGCCGUCCGAUUCGGACAAAAACAGAACCAUGCUUUUCCAGGUUGGGCGUUUUGAAGUAAAUCUCAUAAGUCCAGACAGUAAAACGGUGGUGUUGGAAAAAAACUUCAAAGACAUUUCAUCUUGCUGUCAGGCUAUCAAACAAACGGACCAUUUUGGAUUCAUCUGUCGCGAGCCAUCAGAAUCUGGUCCCAGCCAAUACAUAUGCUUUGUUUUCCAGUGUGCCAGCGAGUCUCUGGUUGAUGAGGUGAUGCUGACCCUGAAGCAGGCCUUCAGCACAGCUGCCUCCUUACAAAGCAAUAAGACACUGGUCCAGUUAUGUGAGGCUUGCCCUAUGCACGAUCUGCACAAGCUUUGCGAACGCAUUGAAGGCCUCUACCCUCCAAGAGCAAAGCUGGCUAUCCAGAAAUAUCUCUCCCAGCUGCCUGACAAUGAGCAAGUGGAGAUAUUCGAGCGAGUUCAGAGACUGAAGCCCAGUUCAGACCAAGAGGAGAAUGAGCUGGCCAUUCUGUAUCUCAGGCAGCUGUGUGAAAACAAGCAGAAGACCCACCUCCAUAUUGGAGAGGCUCCUCAGAACGCAAGCAACUCCUCAGGGGACGGCGCAGCCACGGGCAGCCGCUUCAAAUUGGACAUCCUGAAGAACAAGGCUCGCUCAUCCCUCACCAGCUCUCUGGAGAACAUCCUGGUCCGGGGAGCCAGCCGGAUGAGAGACCGUUUGGGAAGCAUCGGAAGCAUGAGCAACUUUGACAAACAGGAUGAGGAACAUACGGGAGUCUCCCCCCCGGCUUCCCCGCCCCCUUUCCCAGACGAUGACCUGGAAUCAAGCCAGCACUUCCGUCGGCGCGCUCACACCUUCAGCCACCCGCCCGUGAAGAAGCGCAUCUCCUUUGAUGGCCAGGCGGGCAGCCUGGCCAAGCACGCACCUCUGCGCAGGCAACAGUCAGAAGUGCUGCAAAGCAGUUCCGUGGCCGUGUCGAGAACGCGCAGUUUAUCGGAGAGCCAGUCCCUCAGCCCCCCCUCUUCCUCCUCCUUCUCCGCUCCCACUUUCCUGAAGAGCAUUUACCAGGGCUCGCUGGGCUCACUGGGCUCACUGAGCUCGCUGACAGACAGUGGGAGUAUCAAGAGUAAUGGCGAAGGCAGGAAAAGGACACUGUCAGGCUGCAGCAGUGACUCGGUGAGCGGACCACCUCCGAGCCCACGCAGGGUCUCGUGGAGACAGAAGAUCUUCCUGAGGGUCGCCUCACCCAUGGGCAAGAGCCACAUGCAGCAACACUCAGACCAGUCAGAUGCCUGGGAGCUUUUGCCCCUCUCCCCUCGUGGCACACACUCAAGUGUGGACCCUCUAAGUGGCGGAGGUGGUCGCCCCAAAAGAACGGCAGAGGACUACCGGACGCUGUGGAAAACCGCCAUCCGUCAGCAGAUCCUGCUGCUGCGUAUGGAAAAGGAAAACCAGAGGCUGGAAGAAGCGAGUCGGGACGAGCUGCAUAUUCGCAAGAUGAAGCUGAGCUACCAGGAAGUGGGCCUCGACUCCCAGGAGCUGCAGGCCUUGUGGGAGAAAAAACUGACUGCACCGGGCAGAACGACCGUGCGGCAGGAUCAGGAGGAUCUCUACCGUGCACUCUGCCAAGGUGUUCCCAAAAGUCGUCGCGGGGAGGUAUGGUUGCUGCUCUGCCACCAGCACCGCUUGUCUCGCAGACAUACUCAGCGCCAGCAAGCUGCUGACACGCCAUACAGAGAUCUGUUGAAGCAGCUCACCGCACAGCAGCACGCCAUUCUGGUGGAUUUAGGUCGGACUUUCCCCAACGUCGAGUACUUCUCAGCCCAGCUGGGUGCUGGACAACUUUCUCUGUACAACCUGCUCAAAGCCUACUCUCUGCUGGACACUGAGGUGGGCUACUGUCAGGGCGUCAGCUUUGUGGCUGGCGUGCUGCUGCUACAUAUGAGCGAGGAGCAGGCCUUCGACACACUCAAGUUCCUCAUGUAUGACCUUGGCAUCAGACGCCAGUACAAGCCCGACAUGAUCUCUCUACAGAUCCAGAUGUACCAGCUCUCCAGAUUGCUGCACGACUACCACCGUGACUUGUACAAUCACCUGGAGGAGUACGAAAUCUGCCCAAGCCUGUAUGCCGCGCCGUGGUUCCUCACGCUUUUUGCCUCGCAGUUCCCCCUUGGCUUUGUCUCGCGCGUCUUUGACUUUUUGUUUGUCCAGGGCACAGAGGUCAUCUUCAAAGUAGCCCUGUGCCUACUUAGCAACCACCAGGGGGAGAUAGUGGAAUGCGAUAGCUUUGAGAGCAUUGUAGACUACCUGAAGACUACUCUUCCCAGCCUCACACAGGUUCAGAUGGAGCUGACCAUUGCUAAGGUAACGGAGAUGGACAUCUCCAAGCAGCUGCAUGCAUACGAGGUGGAGUAUCACGUGCUGCAAGACGAGGUGGCCGACGGCGGCGCUACGCCCAACGACUCGGAACGCUUGGACAAGCUGGAGAAGACCAACGUGCAGCUCAAGAAGCAGAACAUGGAGCUGCUGGAGAAACUUCAGGCAGCCCGGCAGAAGAUCCAAACCUUGGAAACCAACGUGGAGAAUUUCCUGUCCCGUGAGAGUAAGUUGAAGCACGUGAUCCGCACGCUGGAGCAGGAGAGGUCGGCUCACCAGAAGACCAUCGAGCGCAUGCGCUCUUGCCUCCCGUCUGAUGUACUCACCGACGUAGAGAUGACCCACAUCAAGACGGCGGCGGCGGCGGCACCCGACGCAAAAGCCAAAGCCUGUGCCAAGAAGCCUUGAUGAUGAGCAAAAGUGUACAGGGACACGCAGAGACGUGUAGACGGACUCCAGUUCUGGUACUCACUACACCACUGUCACAUUGGUUUGGUUAUUGGGACAGGGCAGUGGAACCUCCAAGGUCCGUACCCACAGGAAAUUGUGAAACUAGAAAAAAAAUAACCCUGGGAAUAUCGAAACAUUUCAUUACUGUCCAAGUGCUUCAAGCCACAAUUUCAUUUUAAUUUGAAUUGUGACAUCCUAAGGAGCUACCCCCAUUGACAAACCAGCGUACAUCUUCAGGCCAAAUAAUGAACCUGUAUGUAUCAUUGACAAAAAAAAAAAAAAAAUCAAGCACAAUAUCCUACAGAGAUUGUUGAAAGUAAGACUCGCUUCUCUUACAAAUGGCUUUGCUUUUUAUCCACUUGAAGAUUUUUUGCUAUUGUUGCUGUUGUCGAAUGUCUUUUUCGUCCAAAGAGAUGAUUUCGUUUUUCAUUUCCAGAAAAGCGACUUGAACUUUUCAGAGCAUCGUCUUCUCAUUAGGAGGAAGUGUCUCUUUCUAAAACUCAGACAGGAUGUGAGGUCGUCUGCCUCCUCGGUUUCCUGUGUGACUGACCGCAGUGUCGCUUCCCUGGCAGAACCCAAUCAAAAAAAACAUUUGAGGUGGAGGACUUCAAACUGAAUGUCCUCUUUGGCUGUUUUUGUCAAAGCAACACUUUUCUCAUGCUCACCUCGCAGGGGAUGAGCGUAAUAACACGAGCCGACAACUUGGUCAGUUGUGUUGAGUUUAUCGUUGAUGUCUUGAGGCAAUAGUCCAAAUGGAGCGCUGUUGAUUUCACUUUCAACCAGUUUGCUGCCUUCAUUGUGAUGUCAGCUGUGGCCGACAUCCACACUGCAACAAAAGCAACUUUUUUGCUUAAUGCAGAUAUCGGAACUGAUUUCUCAAACAGUUGUCCCGUUAAAAUUAGGCGGUACUGAUUCACUCUCCAGAACUAAAGAAGUCAUCAAAACGUAAAAAAAAAAAAAUCUUUGAUUUUCCAUUGACUUGGCUUUUGUUAGAAAUAUUGAACAAAUUACUUUUAUCUUAAAAAAAAAAAGUUUGUCGGAACAUUUUUGCUUUUUUGGGGCGGGGGCAGGAGGCGUGUGGGAGCUUUUUCCAUUAAUAACAGUUUCUGAAAGAAAAAAAAAAAAUUAGAACAAAUGUUACCGUUAUAUCAUUACAUUUCCCCAGUUUGGCUUUUUUUUUACCUAGAAGACAAAAGUAAACUGAAGUGACUGAAACCGAUAGAGGUGCUGUUAUUUUGACUAGUUUGCUGUCUUAAAGAAAUCUAUUGUGACCAUCAGCUGUGGCCUAAAUACUACAUUUUUCCGUGGUCAUACUGUAUGUACAUGUUUUGUUCUUUGCAAUUAUUUUUUUUUUACAUUGUUGCAGGUGUAUUGAUGUCAUGUUGUUGCAGUGUGCCGAUGUGCUUGUUAUGUUUCCUUUUCACGCAGGCUGCGUUGUUGCAGUAUAAAGUGCUCGUUAUUGGCCAGCACCUCACUUUUGUUUCAAGUGUGCCACCAGGUUUGACUCACCCAUCCUGACUCAGAACGAAACAUUGCCGAAAUGAAAGCACAUUUGAUUCCGUCGGUCAGCCUCCUCUUUCUUGUGCACAUUUGUUACUUUCUAUUCUCAAUUUGAAGUGCCGCAAAUGUUUGAUCGAGUGUUUUUUUUUUUUUUUUUUUUUCUCUGGGGGGGUUGCAUGUAUGUUCAACAGCACUUUGCAUCACAUUCAUCUCAACUUUGUGCUACGGUUUCACGGAAAUUGUAAUUGAAAAACCAAAGAGGUUUUUUUUUUGGGUGGGGUGUUUUGUAUUUUCUGUGGGAUUCUAAUUUGAAAGCCAAAAUAUUUGUCACUUAGGGGAAUUUACGAAUGAGUGCAUGGAGAAAAGCAAAGUACAUUUUGUGUUGGAAUGAGUGUUUUGACACUUGUUAAUUGAAAUGUUUUUCUCUCAAGAUUUUGCAAUUUGCAAAAUAAUACAACCUUUUUUCUCUCAAUA